CAGGCAUGUCACAGCUUAAUGUCUAACUAGUGCCAGUACAGUAAGUUUCUAUAUUUACAUUUGUGUUGUGAUUUACUAGUAAUCAGAAUUGCAACUUUAAGAAGAAAAUCUAAUUGUGCAGGAUUUGACACGUAGGUAAGUUUCAUUCCACAAAGACUUCUCUGGUGGGCGAACAGAAGAAACAGCUCGAACUACAAAAUGAGACUGCCAGCCAUCUCUAUAGCUUCCACACCAGUGUGCAUUCCUCACAACCCACUUCCUGUCCGGCAGAGUCGUUGCCUGGUGGUCACCCCCAUGACCUUUCCAAGCAUCUGGGACUCUGCCCGACUGUGUGCAGGCAGUCAGGUGAGCAGAGAUUCAUUGUCUGGCCGUAUUCCCAGACUGAACCCUUUACAUCCACCUUUGGUCCAUAAACGCACCGUCAGUCUGGAGACGCCAGCUGUUCACCAGCACAACCAGCAGAGGAUGCUGAUCAUGCAGAGGAGAGAGCACCACAGGUAUCAUCAAGUGUGGAGAAAACCUUUUUAUGGAACCAGCAGUGAGAGAGAAGAGUACAGGAAGGAGUUGCUAGAGCAUUUAAAGAGGCAGAUGGAGGAUAAAUGUGUAGCACUGAAGCUGCAGCUGGCCAGUAAAGUGAAGGAAGCAGAGUAUCUACGAGAAGUGGACCGCCUCGCCCUGUCCCGUGAAAGAGAGCUAAGGAUCCAGCACAGCAAAGGAAUGACAGCUUACAGAGAUGAGAACAAGAGGCUAAUGGAGCAGAGCUGGAGGGACAGAGCACUAACACGCUCCCAGGAGGCCCUAAAGGAGAGAGAGCUGCUCUGCCUCAACCCCAUUAACUGGAGUGGAACACUGAAAUAGGUCAAACCUCAACAUCCAGAGUCAAAACUUCACACUCAGGCCCCGCUGUAGCACUGCGUCAGAUGAAAAUGGGAUGCGAAGAUAUUAAGCAUUCCUCUGAAUAUAUAUAUAUAAGAAUUUCAUCAAGGUUGUGAAAUUCUCUGCUGUGGGUUCCAAUACAGUAAAUCCAAGACUUUAGCAUUGCACUCCUAUAACAUUAUCAGACUUACGCUGGACACGUUGUUUGUUUAUUUUCUUUAAUAUCUCAAGUAGUAAUCCCCAAGACCUGCACAGACUGUGUAAAAUUGGUGGAGUUCCCCUUUAAGGGUUUCUUCCAGUAUGUUCUUUUAACUUAUGAUGAAACACAAUUCUUUGUGUACAAGCUUGAAUGUUUUCCCUCAUUCUGUUUGAAGAGUCGAUUAAA